UAAUUUCAUUUAAUUUUUUGUUGUUGUAUUUUUAAUAUAUAAUUUAUUAAAAUGACAUCUUUACAACCUUUAAAUGAGUUAGAUAACUCUGCAAUAAGCGAAUGUCGCAGUAUUACAGAUAGUGUAGGAAGUCAUAGUGAUGUUUCAGGAAAUUUAUUAUUGGGAAAUGGUCCCGUGCCAGGAGGUCAAUGCUUUAAAGGUACAUCACGUAUGGAUGUUGUAUGUGUAUUGGAUAUUAGCCAUGGAAGUGGUCAAGAAGAACGUAAAAAAGCUCUUGCUGAUGUUAAGCAAGCGUGUAGUUUGGUUGAAGCUGAACUUCAUCAUAUUAUUUUUGAAAAAUUGGAUUUUGGCGAAACAAAUAUACUGGAGAUAUUUUACAAUGCAGAUUGUGCCAUUGUUGAUUUAUCAUUGCAAUUGCAACAGAGUUCGUUAUUUUAUCAUUUAGGGGUUCGCGACAGUUUUGGUAUGCGACAAAAUAUUCUGCUUUUUCAUGAUAGUGAUCCAGAAGCAACAUUGAGAUUAAAGCUAUCUUGCGGCAGUUACCAAUUAGUUCCUUAUAAAGUAAUGAGUAGUGGAAUAUGUGUAGGAAGUGAUCAACCCGCUUUCAAUGAAGGCUCUCCGGAAGUUCGAUUAUCAACUUUUUUACGAGGUUUAUUAUUGGACGUGGAAAUAGAAACAAAAGCUCAUAUGAAAGAGAAAUUUCUCGCAGAUUUACGUAAAGCACGCGAAAUGCAUACAGGUGAUGAUUUAGCAAAAGCUUUACAUAAUAUGCGAAAACGUUUAGAUGAUCCAAAUGUUUUAUCCGGUGAUGUUAUCUACAAUAUGUUAAUUUCAUUUCGAGAAAUUCAAGAUUACGAUGCCAUGGUUCAAUUAGUCGACGAUUUACGUGCAAUACCAACGAAAAGUAAAGUGAAAUUACCACCAAUAUCAUAUUUAUAUGCAUUCGCUUUGAACAGACGAAAUAAGGAAGGAGACCGUGAAAAAGCAUUACGAGUUUGUGAACGUGCCUUAGAGAAAAAAGAAAAUCAUUAUCCAGAUAUGUUAUGCCUAUGUGGACGAAUUUAUAAAGAUAAAUUUGUUGAAUCUGGUCACACAGAUAAAGAAAGUUUAAUGUCGUCAAUUCAUUGGUAUCGUAAAGGAUUUGAAAUUCAACCUAAUGAAUUUGCUGGUAUUAAUUUGGCUACUUUAUUGGUAAUUGCUGGAAAUGAAUUCAGUAAAUCGGAGGAACUUCAACAUAUCGGAAUGGUAUUAAAUAAUUUAAUUGGUAAAAAAGGGAGUCUCUCAUCAUUAACAGAAUAUUGGGAUGUGGCGACAUUUUUCGAAAUAUCUGUUUUAGCAAAUGAUCACGCUAAAGCAAUACAAGCAGCAGAAUGUAUGUUCAAAUUAAAACCACCAAAUUGGUAUCUAAAAUCAACAAUUGGCAAUAUUACAUUAAUUGAUCGAUUUCGUAAGAAACCAGAAGGUGUUGAACCAAGCCCAGAAGAACAAAUAUUUCAAUUUUGGUUGGAUUUUUUUGUAGAAGCUAUUAAGACUGAACCCGGUGAUAUUAUACGUUUUCCAAUUUUAGUUUUGGAACCAACAAAAAUUUAUUUACCCAGUUAUGUAAAUGUAAAUUUAGGUGCUGAAGAGAAAUCAAUACAAAUGUUAAAUUUAUGCCUAGAUUCGAUGCGUGGAACAUGUCGACAAGUACACGAUUGGUUAUUUACGGCAAAUUUAAUUCGUAGCGUUAGUUUAUAUAAGCGUGAUGAACGUUGUUUAUUUCUGUACGUACAUCAGAAUUCGGAUGAUUUUCAAAUGUUUUUUCCCUCAAUGCAAUGUCGACAACGGUUUUAUGAUUUAAUUAUUGAAAUGACUGCCGAUCAAGAGGGUAUGGUUACACAUCUUGAUUCUGAUUUGGAAGCCGAUCAAAUGAAGUAUGAAUACGAGUUAGACGAUCAAAAUAAACGAAUAAUCUUAGGCAAAGGCACAUACGGCAUCGUAUACGCUGCCAGAGACCUAAACACACAAGUGCGUAUUGCUGUAAAAGAAAUACCAGAAAAGAAUCUUGGUGAUGUGCAACCAUUACACGAGGAAAUAAAAUUACAUUCACAAUUACGGCAUCGUAAUAUAGUACAAUAUUUAGGUUCAGCAUCUGAAGAUAAUUUCUUUAAAAUAUUUAUGGAACAAGUACCUGGUGGCAGUUUAUCUGCAUUGCUACGAUCAAAGUGGGGGCCGCUCAAGGAGAACGAAUCUACUAUUAGCUAUUAUACAAAACAAAUUUUAGAGGGUUUAAAAUAUUUACACGAUCAAAAAAUUGUUCAUAGAGAUAUUAAGGGCGAUAAUGUUCUUGUUAAUACGUACAGUGGCGUUGUUAAAAUCUCAGAUUUUGGCACAUCUAAACGAUUGGCUGGUUUAUGUCCAAGUGCUGAAACAUUUGCUGGCACCUUACAGUACAUGGCUCCAGAAGUUAUCGAUAAAGGACAGCGUGGCUACGGUGCACCAGCUGAUAUUUGGUCAUUGGGUUGUACAAUUGUUGAAAUGGCAACCGGAAAACCACCUUUCAUAGAACUUGGAUCACCUCAAGCAGCUAUGUUCAAAGUUGGUUAUUAUAAAACACAUCCAGAAAUACCCGAUGAACUUUCAGAUCGUGCAAAAAACUUUAUACUACGAUGUUUUGAACCCGAUGCAGAUAGACGAGCGACUGCGUCAGAAUUAUUAGAGGAUGUUUUUCUUUCGGAAAAAUCACGUUUACUCAACAGAAAGAAAAGAGUUGGAAAAUUAGCAGCUCCAGUUGAUAUUUUUGCCCGAAGUAUAUCAGUACCUGCAAAUCGAAUGAAUCGUGACACAAAUCAAUCGAACAGUGCUGGCAGUACCGACUCAAAGAAUACUCCAACUUCACCAGAAAUUGAUCUUGCAUCAACACCUUCCAUAGACUUAGAGACUGAAACUGAAUCUCAACCGAUUACUAGACGUAAUUCAUCAGGUGUUUUACUCUCACCGGAAAUUGAAAUUGGAUCUGCUGGUAGUCAAGUGAAAACGGAAACAGAACAAGAUGGAUUCUAUCUAUUAAAGAAAGAUUCACAACGGCGUACAACUUUAAGUCGAGUAUUAACGCAAGACGAAAAGAAAAUAUGCCAAAUUUGGAUGGAGAGUAUUAAGAAAUUAGGCGAUACUGUGUUAACCAUGAGCCAUUUGGAAUCAUUAAUGCGUGGAAUGCGAGAUUACAUCAUUGAUCCAAGUAGUGGUGUUCGUUCUAUUGAAACAGCAUUAAAUGGUUUAAAAGAUGCACUAGAUUGGGAUGCAACAGCUAUCAAUCAACUACAUUUAGCUGUGUACGCAUUUAAAGAGGCUGUUAAUGAUGUACUACGGAAUCAUUCUAUAAAACCACAUUGGAUGUUCGCUUUGGAUAAUUUAGUGCGGAAUGCUGUUCAAGCUGCCAUCACUGUUUUAUCGCCAGAACUUGGUGCUAAUCUAUUGGGUCAAGAAACAAGUAAUGUUCCAUGUAAAAAUGGUUCAACAACAGAUCAUCGUAGUGGCAAUUGUUCCGGUGUAUCUGGUGAAAAUGAAGUAGAUGGUACAACUUCAGUAUCGGCGAGUACCGUUAAUUCUGUCAAAUCACAUAAAACUUUAUCAGCGCUGAAAUUACGGCAAGAUUAUAAUGAACAAAUAUCGAUUUUACAAGCUGAUAACUCUAAAUUAUUACAAGAACUCCUAGAAUCUCAAAGAUCAUACCAAACCUUACUACGUCAAAUACUCGAUGAACAUCGUGUACAAACGAAUGCACUUCGAGAACUCUGCCAACAGUUCACUAGUUCAAUAUCAACAUUAUCAACACUAUCUUCUAGUCGGGCAAUUUCACCAUUUAAUAACAAUAACAAUAACAUCAUAAAUCACCAUACAAAUUCACCAUCGAUCAUCACCAGUGAUUAUGGUGGAUCAACCACCAGCGGUGGUUUCAUGAAAAGUAAUCAUUCAUCGAAUGAGAACGUGGUAUCGGUACCACAAUCUACAUCACCACAACAAGCACCGAAUGUACCAGAAAUGGUGGUACCGGCAGCUUCAACACCUUUAUCGCCUUUCUUCACGUCAGUGCCUACACCACCACCAAGAAAUGUGAUACCAAGCGUAACUGUUGAUCCGCGUUUAAUGCAAUGGUUACAAGGUUUAGGGUUAGAUGUGAAUUCAAUUAAUAAAAUAUUAGAUGAACAGUAUUGUUUGGAGGAUUUAUUGUAUUACGUAUCCAGAGGUGAUAUACGACGGAUUAAUUUACGGGGUGGAGUCGAAUUAAAAUUAUGGCGUGCAAUAUUACAAUUACGCCGUGAUAAUCGACAACAGACACCAGUUGAAAAUGAUACAAACGAAUAUUAUCGAUACAACAAUAAUACACAAAUCCAUCAGCAUCAUUGUAAAUGUGUAAACGGUAAUACGUCACAACCUCAUAACAAUAAUAACGAUAUAUGAUCAUUAACGAUAAUCGAUCAACACAUAUUUUGUAUAUUUUUCUUCAUAUUUUGUGCUUAUAUCUACCAAAAAUGGUGGUAACCAAAGAGAAUAGAAUUGAGCGGAGAGUUCCUAUUAUAGUAACAAUAUUUUAGUGCCAUCUAGUAGAUCAAAUCCAAUUUACUAUUACAUCGCAAAGAGAUUAACAGCUUUAACGCUUUGAUAAGGUGAGAGCGAAGAUCCUACGGAGGUUCACAUAAAAUCCUUACAACUUUCACUUGGCCGAAAAACUAUAUGAAGAUCUGCAUAUAAAAAGUGUCUACGGAAAGCCGAAAAUUGAUGGCGCUGCUUUGGCAAAAGUGUAAGUUUUAAAAGAAAGUAAAAAGAGAAAGACAAACAGCUAAACAAGGUGUUAAGAGGAGGAUAGAGGAGUUCACAUCAAACAACUUUUGCUACGAACUUUUGCAGCGUUAUAUGACACACCUGUCUCAAAUUCUAUUCUUUUUGGUGAUAAAAUAACAGAAAAUAUGAAUUAUCGAUCAAAAAGCAAUUCGAAUAUAUACAUUUUUGCCUAAAUAUAACGCAAUACAAUUUUUAGUGCCUUUUAAUUUCGAAAUAAAAAAUACUGUAAUAUUUUGUAAAUAAUCUCGUUUAAGAAAAAAAAAACUCACAAGUCUAACUCAUAAAACUCAAAUAUUUAUCUAAAUUUAAAAAACAGUAAGUAAGCAUCACUUAAGAAAUCCAAAUAUUGAUUUCGAUUUGGAAAAAGUUUUGUUAAGCAUACUGCAUCACAUUUUACAAAAGCCAUAUAAACAUACGGGAGUUUUCCAAAAAUUCUUUACCAAAUAAAGUUGAUAAAUGGUUCCAAAACAUUUCAUUUCAAGGUUAAUGUGGACUUAAAGGUUUAUUGUUUUCUUAAAAUUUGUAUUAAUGAAAACCGGAAAAGUUAAAAUCGAGGCUUUGACAGGCGUAUUAGUUCCUAUUUUUCUGAAUAUAAAAUACUCCUUAUAUUGGCUAUCAUUUCGCUAGGUUUUAGAGAAGCGAGAUGUUUUAGAUUUAAAGUCUUCCAUAGAAAUAGUUUUGGAACUCUAAGAAAACACGAUUUUGACUUGGCAGAGGUACCAAAAUUCCAGAAAUUAUUAACUCCAUCUGCAAAUAUGUUACUUAAAGAAGCGUCAUUGACAGAUGCUCGAAAUCAUUCUAAGUUUGAGGCAAAAGAGGCAUUUUUCCCGAACCCUUGUCGUAUUUUUCUUGUUCCUUUUUUGUUCCUACGAAGGGAUUAUUAGUUUAAAACAGACUCAUUAAUUUUCAAGUUUGGCAGAUGGGACCUGAGUUUGUCACCCUUGACUAUUGGCAGAUUGUUCGAUUCUUAAACAAACUGCAAUUUAAAUCAUCGUCGUCAAGUUUCAAAUGACAGCUAAAAAUACACAAAUAAACAAAUAAAAGUAGACAAAGAUGCCGAAAUAGGAAAUCAUUCUCAAUGCUUUUGGAAAAUUCCUUUUUUUUCUUGUAAACCAUUAAUUUUAAGGUAUAUACCAUUUGUUUCCUUUAAUUGAAAAUAAAUUAAAAUCGCGCCAUAAUCGAAUAACGUCACAAUAAUGUUUUAGUCCUUAAAUAAUAAAAGAAAGCUUUAAAUAAAAAACAAAAUUAAAAAUACUAUAUUUUUGCUUACAAAAAGAUAAUAGUUUAUACUCCGGUUAUUUUUCGUUUUUUUUUUU